GCUAUUGCGUAGCUAUGACCAACAUAUUUCAUUAUUUCAAUAAUAUCGGUGUUUAUCCCAAGUGUUUGCCUUCGACAAACAUCAUUCUAGCAUUUCAGACUGCGUGCAUAAUUAAUAUGACUCACUGUGUCGAAAAUCUGGAAUUGUGUUUAGACAUCAACUUGCUCCGAAAUUUUCCAGUGCAACAACGAUAUGUGUGUUGAUUCAAAGCUUUUGCUCUUUCCAAAGAAGGACAAAAAAUUUGUUGCGAUGUUCCUGAAAUCAGUAUAAUGAAAUGUACAAAGUAUUUAAGAUUAUUUUUGCUGCUGGCAGCAGAAGUUAAAAAAUGCCAAAUUUUGUUCCUAAUAUCUUAUGUGAUACUUAGUUUGAGUGUUAAUUUCUGCCAUGGAAAGAUCGCGCGGCUGCAAAAGGAGCGGGCCACAAAAGGAAAAAUAUGCAUUGGAACUUUUGGGCGCAUGUCCGUACCUUCAAACAGAGAGCACCAUUACCAGAACCUCAGAGAUCGCUACAUGAACUGCACUUAUGUCGACGGAAACCUGGAAUUGACCUGGUUGGAAGAUGAAAAUUUAGACUUGAAUUUUCUUGAAGAAAUUCGUGAAGUUACGGGCUAUGUGUUGAUUUCUCAUGUUAAUGUCAAAAGAAUAAUUUUACCAAACCUUAUGAUAAUUCGUGGACGCAACCUGUUCAAAUUAAAUGUGAGAAAUGAGAAAUUCAGCCUGAUUGUAACUCUUAGUAAAAUGGAAAGUUUGGAACUGCCUUCUCUUAGAGAUAUCCUGGCUGGAAGUGUUGGCUUUUAUAAUAAUUACAAUUUGUGCCAUAUUCGUACCAUUAACUGGGUUGAAAUACUAAGUAGAGCUGAUGCAAAACCUGUCUACGUAUAUAAUUUCACAGAACCUGAACGAGAAUGUCCUGCAUGUGAUGCAUCUUGUGAAAAGGGAUGCUGGGGGCAGGGACCCAACAACUGCCAGCGAUUUUCGAAAAUCAAUUGUUCCCCUCAGUGCCAUCAGGGGCGCUGCUUCGGCCCCAAUCCUCGGGAAUGCUGCCAUCUUUUUUGCGCUGGAGGAUGUACCGGACCCACUCAAGCAGAAUGUUUGGCUUGUCGAAAUUUUUAUGACAGUGGCGUUUGCAAGCAGGAAUGUCCCCCAAUGAUGCGAUAUAAUCCAGCCAAAUAUUCUUUGGAAGUAAAUCCGGAUGGGAAAUAUGCUUACGGAGCAACUUGUGUAAAAAAGUGUCCAGACCAUCUGUUACGUGACAGCGGAGCCUGUGUUCGGUCUUGUCCCAUGAAUAAGAAAGCUGAAAAUCAAGAAUGUGUUCCAUGCGAUGGACCAUGUCCUAAAAAUUGUGAAGGCGUUGAGGUGGUACAUGCUGAUAACAUAGACUCUUUCAAAGGCUGCACUGUCAUUGAAGGUUCCAUCACCAUUUUGGAGAGCAGUUUUAUUGGAUAUCAAGAAGUCUAUCCAAAUUUUACUUUUGGACCACGGUAUGCACCCAUGCAUCCGAGAAAGCUUGAAGUCUUCAGUACGUUGAAGCAAGUCACUGGUUAUAUAAGCAUACAGGCGUCACACAUCGACUUCAAAAAUCUGAAAUUUCUUCGAAAUCUGGAAAUUAUUGGUGGCCGCCAACUUACUGAAUAUUUCGCUGCUCUGUAUAUUGUGAAGACAUCUCUGGAAUCGUUGAACAUGAGGUCUCUGAAGAGUGUCAGUUCUGGCAGCAUCGCCAUCCUGGAGAAUGAGAAUCUCUGCUUUGCCAAAACUGUGAACUGGACGACGGUGAUGAAAUCCAAUUCGCAUAGCAUCCUCCUCCAGAGUAAUAGAAAUCAAACCCUAUGUGAAGCUGCAAACUUGAAGUGUCACCCCCAGUGUUCCAGUGACGGUUGUUGGGGCUCUGCUGCAAAUGAGUGUUUAUCGUGCAAGUCUUACAAGUUACACGACGAAUGCGUUAGAACGUGCAAUAUUUUAGAGGGAAUUUAUGAUGCUGGCAACAAGAUCUGUGAAUAUUGUCAUGAGGAGUGCUUAGGGCAGUGUUCAGGACCUACAAAUGCAAACUGCUCAGUAUGUAAAAAUGUCCAAGAUGGUCCAUAUUGUGUGAAUAAAUGCCCCGAAACUAAAUACAACAAUGGAGGAGUGUGUCAGCAUUGUCAUGAGAACUGCGUGGGCGGUUGCUUUGGACCUGAAAACAACAUCAGCCCUAAAGGUUGUAAGAGCUGUGAAAAAGCAAUAGUCAGUGCUUUGGAUCCAAAUAUUGUUGAAGCGUGUCUUAAAGCUGAAGAUCCAUGUCCAGAAGGGUUUUACUUGGAAUACAUUGGUCCCGAAGAAGAAGGAACUCUCCGCUCUUUGACAGGAAAAUCUGUUUGUCGUAAGUGUCAUCAACAGUGCCGAAAUUGUACUGCUUACGGGAUUCAUUUCUCCGUAUGCAAGUGCUUACACUAUAUGUCAGGAGAACAAUGCGAAGAAAGCUGUCCCAGAGACCACUAUGCUGACGAGAAAAACCAGAUGUGCUUGAGGUGUGAAGAGGAGUGUCGGGGCUGCACUGGACCAGCGACAACAGACUGUAUCGCUUGCCGAAACUUUAGGGUGUAUGAAAAUGAGCAUAACAAAACAAUGUUUAAUUGUACAGCAUCUUGUCCUGCUGAUAAGCUAUACAAGAUUUUUGUGGACAGUGUGCAGGAUCCUUACUGUUCAUCUGAAGAUGCAAAUGCUGUUGCAUUGCAUGGAAACAGUGAAGAAGACAAUAUUCCCGCAAUUCUGGGAGGUGUAAUGGGAUGCUUCGUUAUCCUUGGAAUAUUUUUUGCUGUUUUAAGCUACCAUCUGCUGGAGAGAGCUAGAACAAAGGAAAACACAGUGAAAAUGACAAUGAGAAUGAGUGGCUUUGAUGAUAACGAACCCUUGAAGCCAACUAACCUCAAGCCAAAUUUAGCCAAAUUAAGGAUUGUGAAAGAAGCAGAGCUUCGGCGUGGAGGUAUUCUUGGUUAUGGAGCUUUUGGAACUGUUUAUAAGGGUGUCUGGGUACCAGAAGAUGAAAAUGUCAAAAUUCCUGUUGCCAUUAAAGUGCUUAGAGAUGGAUCAUGCCCAAGCUCAAACAAGGACUUUUUAGAGGAAGCAUAUAUAAUGGCCAGUGUGGAUCACCCAAAUCUGUUGAAACUUCUUGCUGUUUGCAUGGCUUCUCAAUCAAUGCUGGUGACACAGUUGAUGCCUCUGGGCUGCUUGUUGGACUAUGUGCGCUCAAAUAAAGAUAAAAUAGGAUCCAAGCCUUUGUUGAGCUGGUCUGCUCAGAUUGCUAGGGGGAUGGCCCACUUGGAAGAGCGACGCAUGGUUCAUCGGGAUUUAGCUCUCAGAAAUGUUCUUCUUCAAACACCUGGUUGCAUCAAGAUUACUGAUUUUGGUUUAGCUAAGUUUUUGGAUGUCCAUGAAGAAUAUAAAGCUGCUGGCGGAAAGAUGCCUAUCAAGUGGUUGGCUCUAGAAUGCAUAGAACAUAGGGUAUUCACUCAUAAAACAGAUGUAUGGGCAUUUGGUGUGACCUUGUGGGAACUUUUUACACUAGGGGGACGACCCUAUGAAAACAUUCCAGCCCGAGAAGUGCCCGAAUUACUUAGCAAAGGAGAGAGGCUACCUCAACCUUCCAUCUCCACCAUCGACGUUUACAUGAUUAUGAUCAAGUGUUGGAUGCUUGAUGCUGAAUCUAGACCAUCGUUUAAGGAGCUAGCUCAAGAGUUUGCCAAGAUGGCUCGAGACCCCGGGCGAUACUUGGUGAUACCAGGAGACAAGCUGAUGAGGUUGCCCAGUUAUACUCCCAAAGAUCCGAAAGAGUUGUUGAGCUCCCUAAGUAUGCCCAUGGAUGGCCUUGAAAUGAUGGAUGCUGAGGAAUAUUUACAACCCAAGUUGGAUCAGUCUGAAACAGAUUCUAGGGAUCCCUCGACACCAGUAAAAGUAAAUCACUUUACGUGAUUUUUAAGUACGGUGUA